GUAUGGAAAAACACGGAAGAUGAGGUGCUGAAGGCGGCCAUCGCAAAAUACGGCAAGAACCAAUGGGCUCGUAUAUCCUCUCUUCUUGUUCGUAAAACGCCUAAACAGUGCAAGGCGCGAUGGUAUGAGUGGUUGGAUCCAUCGAUUAAAAAGACGGAAUGGUCGAAAACGGAGGAUGAGAAACUGCUUCAUCUAGCGAAGCUCAUGCCGACGCAAUGGAGGACAAUUGCACCUAUCGUUGGACGGACUGCGACGCAGUGUCUUGAACGGUAUCAAAAGUUGCUAGAUGAGGCGGAGGCAAAGGAGAACGAGGAGCUCGGUUUGGCUGGCCCAGGUGAUGCUGGUCCCAGUGCGGACGACGUACGGAAGCUCAGACCAGGUGAAAUUGACCCCGAUCCGGAGACGAAGCCUGCACGACCAGAUCCGAUUGACAUGGAUGAAGAUGAGAAGGAAAUGUUAUCUGAAGCUCGUGCACGCCUUGCCAACACACAGGGAAAGAAAGCAAAACGGAAGGCCCGCGAGCGCCAGCUUGAGGAAGCCAGACGGCUUGCAAUGCUGCAGAAGAAGAGGGAACUCAAAGCAGCUGGUAUCAUCAUGCGCCAUAAAUCCAAAAGGGGUGGCAUGGAUUACAAUGCAGAUAUUCCCUUCGAGAAAAAGCCUGCUCCAGGUUUCUAUGAUACGUCGGAAGAACAGGCAAAAGCGUCUGUUGCUCCAGUGGGCCAAUCUCUUCGACGGCUCGAGAAUAAGCGGAAGCCUGAGGAAGAGGAGGCUGAACGGAAGAAGAGACAGCGAAGGGGCAAGGAAGGAGAGAACGAGCAUCAAACGAAGUUCGUUGCUCCUCGUGACGCUCAGAUACAGAAACUCAAGGAGGCAGAGCAAAUUGGCAAGAGACGAAAAUUAGUUCUUCCGGAUGCGCAAGUCGGCGAAGAGGAACUUGAAGAGAUAGUCAAGAUUGGACAGGCGGGCCAGAGUGCCCGUGCUCUAGUUGGUGAGGGGCCGGAAGCUAGUGAGAAGCUUUUGGGAGAGUACGAAGGGCUGGCGAGCGCACGAAUGGCUCGUACACCACGAACGGCACCGCAACAUGAUAAUGUCAUGACGGAGGCGCGUAAUCUUCGCAACAUGAUCGCUGUACAGACACCUCUUUUAGGUGACGAGAACACUCCUCUACACACUGCUCCUGGUGGAGGAACCGGAUUUGAGGGUGCUACUCCCCGUCAUCAGGUCGCAUUUACGCCUAAUCCUCUGGCGACUCCGGCCCGCCAGGACAGUCUCGGCCCUGGUGCUACUCCUCGCUCUGAAUUUCCCGGCGCUACGCCGCUACGAACUCCUUUGCGCGACAACCUCAGCUUGAACCCCAGUGGUGCAGCUUCAUCCGUUGGAGAUACUCCUCGGGAGCGGCGUGGUCGUGGUGGGAUGUCUUCGCUCAAAUCAGCCUUCAUGAAUCUUCCCAGACCUGAGAACAACUUUGAGUUGCUUGUUCCUGAAGACGAAGAACAGGAUGAAUCAACGGCUGCAGUUCCUAUGGAGGAAGAUGCUGCAGAGCGAGACGCGAGAUUGAAGAGACUGAGAGAGGAGGAAGAGAGAAAGGCCUUUUCUCGACGUAGCCAGGUGGUGCAAAAGGGUUUACCCCGGCCAGUGAACGUGGAUGUCGAAAAGCUCUUGGAAGAGUUGUCUUUGACUCCCGAUGACGAACCGGAACUCGGUGCGGCUAGGAAACUUGUUGACAACGAGAUGGCGAAGCUAUUACAGCAUGAUGCGAUCGCAUUUCCUCUUCCUGGUACUUCGAUCGCUGGCUCGACGCGGUCCACUUAUGAGUACCCCGAAGACGAUUACGUCGAUAAGGCGAAGGCACUUCUCCAUUCGGAAUUAGCUGCUUCACUUGGCUUCCCAAAUACAUCGCCUUCGCAGGUGUCCGAAGGUUUGAUGGCUACUGCAACGGCCGAAGAACUUGAUGAUAGCGUCUUAUGGGAUAAACAGCGCGAGACACUGGUGUUUGACGCAAAAACAUCAACCUGGGUGGAUCCGUCCAGCCUAUCCUUUGCAGAUCGAUUAGCAGGAUACGAUGCUCUUCUUCGGGACGAUAGAGAUACGAUAGCGAAGGAGGCAAGUAAAGUAGCAAAGGCAGAGAAGAAGCUCGGUAUACAGCUUGGAGGGUACCAGACGCGCUUCAAAGCCCUUGCGAAGCGUGCAACAGAUGCGUUUGACGAAAUGCAGAAGGGUCAAAUUGACCUGGCUAGCUUCAUCCAGCUGCAGGUGAACGAACAAGUUGUAGGUCCGCGUAGGGUAGAGGCAUUAAAGAGGGAAGUUGACACUUUGGAGAGGAGGGAAAGGCACCUGCAAGGGCGAUACCAGGAGCUCGCGAGGGAUAAGGAAGAAAGUGAGGCUCGUGUGGCAGCGCUUGAAGAAAAGAUAAUGGCGGAAGCGGAGGCAUUGAACGAGGCAGCUCUAGCGGAUACUUUCCCUACAAGUUAA